AUGUCUGGAAGGCUGUGGUGCAAGGCCAUUUUUGCUGGCUACAAGAGAGGUCGCCUGAAUCAAAGAGAGCACACAGCUCUUCCUAAAAUUGAAGGUAUUUAUGCUCAGGAUGAAACUGAAUUCUACUUAGACAAGAGAUGUGCUUAUGUGUAUAAAACAAAAAACAACGCAGUGGCUCCUGGAGGCAAACCAAACAAAACCAGAGGGAUCUGGGGAAAAAUAACUCGGGUCCAUGGAAACAGUGGCAUGGUUUGUGCCAAAUUCCAAAGUGACCUUCCUGGGAAGGCCAUUGGACACAGAAUCCAUGUGAUGCUGUACCCUUCCUGGAUUUAA